GAUGUGGGCAGAUAUGGGUUUUAGAUCGGCACAUGGGCAUGCAAGGAAUGGAAGGAUAUGGAUCAGAGAAGAUGAGUUUAACUUCGCAUCAUAUUCGGCAUGGACAUUGUGGGCCGAAGGGCCUGUUCUUGUGCUGUAUUUUCCUUUGUUCGAUGGACCAGGCAACAUCUCCGGAAAAGAAACAGCGUUAACAAUUAUAACCAGCCAAACCUAACCAGUCUGGGAUCUUUCCUCAAAAGAAUGUCGUUGGCAGUAAAAUGUUUCGGGUGUACCGAAAGGAAUGUGUAAGGUACAAUAUAAACACAAAUCUUCCUGUCUUUACAACACUUGGCUUUCUGUCUCUUUCUCAUUUUAACAGUGACAAGAGCAAUAGAAUGCGCCGAAUUGCGAUCAAUUAAUUUAAUGACUCUGGAGCUUCCGUUUGUUGGCCCUGUCUUCGUCCCAACAUCAAUCCUUUUCCUGGCCGCUGGUUCUGCAAAUAAUGAUCUUUUAACUCGCCUCGGGAGCCACAGCAAGCGUACUUCCAACGGUGGAUCCGGUGACACUCUGUGAAUCAAAAGCUGCUUCAGUUGUCCCAAGUUUACAGUGUGCUAUCUUAGACGCGUGGAGUUCAAAGCUAAAGUUAAAUAAUAACACUAUGAACGCACAUUGCAGCUCCCACAAACAAUUAAUAAGCUCCUGAGGAAGAGCGAGUUUGAACUCCCCGAAUGUGGGUGUGGCAAUGAUGACGGAAUCAGCACCCGGGCUCUCAUUACGCUGCCUCUUGUAAUAAGAAACACCCUCCUUCUAAAUAGCAGCAGGACAACAGAGACUGCCUUUAAUAUUUCACCAGGCGUUUGCUGACGCGCUCUGGAUUUUCUUGCAUGUUGGUUUUAACCCAGCGUUUGGCAAGAUCUACACGGGAUUUCAUUUCGGAAUAACUAUUCCGCAAGGAAGGUCAUUGUCUCCCAGUAGCCACGAGAAGGGGAGCUUAGCUUGAAAUGAGAAGAUUUGUAAGACCGAAGACACAGGGCUUCGAGACCGAUGGUGUUGCUGUCAAGUUAUUCUGGAGUGACUAACCGGACCGGCAGUGCAGAAGGUGGAGAUGUGGUUAAGAAUAAUGCGGAGGGGGACGCCGGCGUGGAUUUGGCAGCUUGCCACGGUGCUGGUAUUCCUGUGCAGCAUCGUCUCCUUGUUGUACAUGCUGGCUUGCACUCCGAGGGUGGAGGAUGGCCAGCCUUUGUUGCCUGGGGUCAGCGGGCCGACGGGGAAGGAGAACUUCCAGGUGUUGCUCGAGGAACGCGAGGAGCAGCACCGUAACUACAUCAGCAGCCUGAAGAAGCAAAUAGCGCAACUGAAGGAGGAACUGCGGGAGAGGAGCGAGCAGCUGAAGGUAGUGCACGAUCACUACGGUGAUUUGCAAGGAGGCAAGGUGGAUCUGAGCAGUCCAGAGAAGACGCAAGCGGGUCUGCUGCGAUUUCUGCACUCUCAGAUAGACAAGGCCGAAGUCCACUCGGGCGUUAAACUGCCCACAGAAUAUUCGGUGAUACCAUUUGAGAGCUUCACUCUCCAGAAGAUCUACCAGCUGGAAAUGGGCCUCACCCGACAUCCCGAGGAGAAACCGAUCCGCAAGGACAAGCGGGAUGAGCUGGUGGAAGCGAUAGAGGCUGCACUCGGGAUGUUAAACACCCCCGAAGACGAAGGAGCAACAAACCAUCGGAUGCAUGCGGCUGCUGACUUUAUUGAAGGCAUCUACCGCACAGAGAAGGACAAAGGAACGUUGUAUGAGCUGACGUUCAAAGGAGACCGAGCCCAUGAGUUCAAACGUCUCGCUUUGUUUCGCCCCUUUGGCCCACUCAUGAACGUUAAGAUGGAAAAGGUGGACACGGCCAACAUGCUGAUUAAUAUCAUUGUACCACUGGCAAAGAGAGCUGAUACAUUCCGGCAAUUCAUGCAUAAUUUCAGGGAGGUGGGUGUUCGACUGGAUGGCAGAGUUCAUCUCACUGUGGUUUAUUUUGGUACAGAACAAAUGACUGAAGUAAAAGCCAUACUUGAAUACAUGUCCAGGGAAGCAAACUACAAGAACUACACCUUUAUUCCACUGGAGGAGGAUUUUUCCCGCGGUAAAGGGCUUGAUGUCGGUGCUCGUGCUUGGAAGGGAAACAACGUCCUCCUGUUCUUCUGCGAUGUGGAUAUCUACUUCACAGCGGAGUUUCUGAACACAUGCAGAUUGAACGCCCAGCCAGGAAAGAAGGUUUUCUACCCUGUACUCUUCAGUCAGUACAACCCUGCUAUUAUUUAUGGCCAUCAUGAUGCAGUUCCACCCAUUCUCCAGCAGCUGGUGAUUAAAAAGGAUUCUGGCUUCUGGAGAGAUUUUGGCUUUGGAAUGACCUGCCAGUACAGAUCAGACUUUAUCAAUAUAGGUGGCUUUGACUUGGACAUAAAAGGCUGGGGAGGUGAGGACGUUCACCUCUACCGCAAGUACCUCCACAGCGAUCUGAUAGUGGUUCGGACGCCAGUCCGCGGCCUCUUCCACCUGUGGCACGAGAAGCGGUGCGUGGACGAGCUGACCCCCGAGCAAUAUCGCAUGUGCAUGCAGUCCAAGGCCAUGAACGAGGCCUCGCAUGGACAGCUGGGAAUGCUGGUCUUCCGGCACGAGAUCGAAGCACAUCUGCGCAAAGAGCGACACAAGGUCAACACGAAGAAAACAUAAAGAGGAGCCUUGGCCACGUUGCCUUUUGCACCAAGCACCAAACACUGGCGAAGAUCCAGGAGGGAAGCAGGUUUCUGCAGCAAUUCGGACAGAGUACGGCUGGACCUCUCUGUGAUGUUGCAUUCAAUGCUUCUCUGCAGUGUUGGUCAGAACUAUGCAGGUGGUAUUUGCAGAUCCCAACAUCCAGUCCUCUGAGAUUGAUGCAAGGAAAUUCCUCUGCUAAUGUGAGACACUGAACUGGAUGGUGGCACGAAGUUAUUUAUAAUUACAACACAACACGUGUGGGGUGCAUUCUAUUAAAGGCAAAGUCCUUUAUAUCAAAGAUUUAGUCCGAGGAGUGAUCCAAAAUGUUGGGUUCUGAUAUAGACACCUAAGCCAAUGAUGAAUAACAUGGGGGAGGAAGUCAAUUUUAACUUAAGCUAAUUUAACACGAUGUAGUUCUCUCCGUGAUCCUACUCGGAGCCCACUCAACACUAGUUUUAAAGAACUUCCCACAUGCCCCUUUGUCCCAGUUUAAUUCACUUUAUUUAUUUUGCUGGCCCAUUAGCACCUCUGUGAGGUCAGCUUUUCAUGACAUUUUCAGGCUGUAGAGCGUAAGUUUCCUUAAGCCUUCAUCUUAAUCGUUGACAAUGGGACAAUGAGUCUUGGUUCGUUUCCCUGCAUUGUUCUUUGAGGAUUAAAUGCUUCUCGGUGUCACAGGACCAAUACCGCACAUGUUGGUCAAGGUGGAGUCUGAAUAUCAGGCUCUAAAAGUGAAAUGUGCAUUUGGGAAAGCACCUUGCAAUCUCCCAGAGUGUCCUGUUUCCUGGGCUUUGAUUUAUUUCAAAGUGCUAAUUUUUUAAUGAAUUUUUACACAUUUGAAUGUAUGAACUACAGGUAGUGAUUGAAGGGAAGUAUGUUGGCUUGGCCACAGGGAAGAUAUCUUGCUUUGCCCUUGAAGUGAGCUUUCACAUAACUUCCACCAACUACUUUGACUGGCAUUGUUGUACAGGGAUUGGAGCCAGUCUACUAAAGCCCUGAAAUUUGCCUUCAAAGUCAUCCUUUAGACGUUAGAGAGCUACAGCGUGGGAACAGGCCCCUUCGACCCACUGUGUCUGCGCCGACCAGUGAUCACCUGUACACGAGCAUUAUCCAACACACUAGGACAUUUUACUAUUUUUACCAAAGCAAAUUAACCUACAAACCUGGACGUCUUUGCAAUGUGGGAAGAAACUAGAGCACCCGGAGAAAACUCACGCAGUCACAGAGAGACUGUACGAACAGCACUCAUAGUCAGGAUUAAACCCGGAUCUCUGGCGCUGUUUAUGCCCCUGUCCCACUUAGGAAACCUGAACGGAAACCUCUGGAGACUUUGUGCCCCACCCAAGGUUUCCGUGCGGUUCCCGGAGGUUGCAGGUAGUGGAAGCAGGUAGGGAGAUUGACAAAAAUCUCCAGGAACCGCACGGAAACCUUGGUUGGGGCGCAAAGUCUCCGGAGGUUUCCGUUCAGGUUUCCUAAGUGGGACAGGGGCAUAAGGCAGCAGGUCUAGUACUGUGCCACCCAUUUAUCUAGUCUACUUUGCAGGUCUCUGAUUGUUUCGAUCAAGCUUGUUUUGAUCAGCUCCAUUUCAAUAGCUACUACACGAUAUCAAGUGUUAAACCAAAAGCGUAGAGUUUAUUUUUAAAGUAUUGCAAGGCAGACUCCAGACAAGUGCGGUUCAUAUUCUGAGCAUCCUGGUGAAAGGAUCCACACAGUGAGCCUAUUUCCCUUGGAGCAAGACCAAAGUAUUGUGGAGCGUUUAUUGAUUAUGAAACAUAGAAACUUUCUUUGAACUUUCUAUUGCACUUUUGCGCAUUUGCUUCAUGACUUCUAGGCACUGCAGUGUGUAAAGCAAAAAAAGUGGAUGACUCAUUAUCAAAACUGCAGUGCAGAGAAACUAAGAUAGAGGGAUGACUGGUGUAGAUUUAUAGUUUAGAGAUAUAGCAUGAAGCCAGGUCCCUCAGCCCACUGAGUCCAUGCUGACUACCGAUCACGCAUUCACACUAGCCCUAUGUUAUCGCAUUCUCUACAAACUAGGGGCAAUAUACAGAGGCCAAUUCACCUACAAACCUGCAUAUUUUGGGGGAUGUGUGGGGAAAUCGGAGCACCCAAAGGAAACCCAUGCAGUCACAGGGAGAAUGUGCACAUUUUGCACAGACAGCACCAAGGUCAGGAUCGAACCUUGGUCUCUGGCGCUGUGAGGCAGCAACUCUAAUCAACUGCGCCACUGUGCCGCACUUCCAUAACAUCUCAGUCAAGACAAUGUUAUCGGCAGUUUGUAUUUAUAAUCAUACCUCGCAUCUCCACAAGUCCAUAUAUGUGGAUGCUGAAAUUGGGUUCAGGAAAGGAUCAGUUUAUUACUUCUCCUGUACAGAUCAUCUUGGAAGUAUUGAGCCACCUUCUGUUUGUAUUGCAGGCAAGAGAAUUACAAUUGGCUCACUGUCUCCAAACAUAACUGUCGUGAGAUAGAUCAGGAAGGUGACUGAUCUCCAUAAUGUUUUUAUAAUUCAUUUUUGGAAGAUGGGUAUUUACUGUCGAUCUCUAAGUAUCCCUGAACGAGAGAAUGUUGAUUGUUGGCAUGCAAACCACUGUAAAAUUCAGCAAAAGCAAUGUUUAGUUUAGUUUAAAAAUACAGCGUGCAAACAGGCCCAUCAGCCCACUGAGUCCGAACUGUCCAGUACUAUCGGACACACUAUGAACAAUUUAUAUUCUGGGUGUCAGGGGUUUUGGGGAGAUGACAGGAGAAUGUUAGGAGGUCAUGUUGCAGUUGUAUAAGACAUUGGUGAGACCGCAUCUAGGAUAUUGUGUUCAGUUCUGGGCACCAUGUUAUAAGAAAGAUAUUGUCAAGCUUGAAAGGGGUUCAGAAAAGAUUUACGAGGAUGUUGCCAGGACAAGAGGGUGUGAGCUAUAGGGAGAGGUUGAGUAGGCUGGGUCACUAUUCCAUGGAGCGUGGGAGGAUGAGAGGUAAUCUUAUAGAGGUGUAUAAAAUCAUGAGGAAUAGAUCGGGAAGAUGCACAGAGUCUCUUGCCCAGAGAAGAGCAAUCGAGGACCAGAGGACAUAGGUUUAAGGUGAGGGGGAUAAGAUUAUAGGAAUCCAAAGGGUACUUUUUCACAUAAAGGGUGGUGGGUGUAUGGAACAAGCUGCCAGAGGUAGUUGAGGCUGGGACUAUCCCAUUAUUUAAGAAACAGUUAGACAGGUGUAAGGACAGGACCGGUUUGGAGGGAUAUGGACGAAGUACAGGCAAGUGGACAUUGUUGGCCAGUGUGGGCAAGUUGGGCCGAAGGGCCAGUUUCCACACUGUAUCACUAUACGACUCUAACAGGGUCAGGAGGGAUAGAUAGAUCAGCCAUGAUUGAAUGGCAGGGUUUACUUGAUGGGGCCAAAUGGCCUAAUUCUGCUCCUAUCAAUUAUGAACUUAUGAUCUUUACCAAAGCCUAUAAACCUGAAGGUCUUUGGAGUGUGGGAGGAAACCGGGGCACCUGGGGAAAACCCACGCAGUCAAGGGGAGAAUGUACAAACUUUGUACAGACAAGACCCAUAGUCAGGAUCAAACCCAUGUCACUGGCGCUGUAAAGCAGCAACUCAACUGCUGCACCACCAUGCCGCCUUUAGGCAAGGUAGAGAUUUCUAUGAUUUUAUCAUAUUGUAGCGGCACCAUACGUGGUGAAUAAAGAUGAGGCGUCAGGCCGGUUUAAAGAGUCAUUUAUUCGGUGGUAGUUGGUGCGCUAGGUCUCGUGGUGAGAGAGCUUUUGUAUCAGGACACUCCCUCUAGCCCAUGAUGUCACGUGCCCGCCCUCAUAUCUCCUGACGAGGGUUUGAGCAUGAGUGACCCUGUUUAGGCUGUUUAGGCUGAGCCAAGUCUGCGGGGAGGCCCGGUGUGGUGCAGGGUGUGGGCCUAGCCUGUUGUCGGGAGCGGGAGAGCGGCAGGUACUCUCUCUGCUCCCCGGCUGUCGGGCGUGCGUUGGUGUUGCUGUGGGGCAGGAGGCUGCUAAGCUCGCUGCUCCUGCAGCAGCUGGUGGAGCAGCGGCGGCUGAUAAGACCUCUCCGCUCCAGUGGUCGGCUCCGGGCAGGUCAUGCGGGGGAGCACGGCGGCCGUUGCACAAGGCGGCCCGCCUAGUUGCCGGGAACGGGAGAGUGGCAGCAGCGGCGGCUUCUCAGCUCCGUUGAGCAGCAGCUUGUGGGGAAGAGGCGGCAUACCUCACUGCAGGGCCGGGUUGGCUGCAGCAUCGUUCUGCAGGGCUGGGCAGCCGGCUACAGACAUCACGUCUCCCGAGGCUGCGUGCUUCAGCAGUCCAAAUUUCAAUUCGGACAGUCGGGGGUCACCAGUGUAGCGGCACCAUACGUGGCGAAUUAAGAUGAGGCGUCAGGCCGGUUUAAAGAAUCAUUUAUUCGGUGGUAGUUGGUGCGCUAACUAUAAUACAAUGUUGUUGCAGCUGAGGUUGUUCUCUCGUGCUCAGCUGCCAGUUGUCUCACUAGGUCUCGUGGUGAGAGAGCUUUUGUAUCAGGACACUCCCUCUAUCCCAUGACGUCACGUGCCCGCCCUCGUAUCUUCUGACGAGGAUACGAGCAUGAGUAGCCCUGUUUAGGCCGACGCCACAAUAUAGAGCAUCUAUAAAUAGGUAUGUCCAAGUAAAGUUGUAGGUCAACUUGCUCUAUUUGAUCUAUUUGUUUGCGCACGUCAGGUUGAUUGCAUUAGUCAAAACAGGGUGGACUACGUGAAGGUUGCAAUCUCCCACCCCACAGGGUGCAUUGCAGAUGGUUAUCCAAAUUCAGUUACUGGAAGGUUCAAUGGUUCUUUACUGUCGUGUGUGCACUGCACAGUUAAAUUCUUUUUGCAUAGAUCACACAUGCAUAUUUUGGCGUCUAAAGUAUAGUCAAUGUGCAUGAUGUACUGGAGCAGCUCCUGAUCCAGGUAAACCCCAGGCUGCUGCAGGGUCUCCACCGUCGUCCUUGAUGGGUUCGGCCCAUGAACCGACGACCCUCUCUGCUCCUGACCGUCGUUGCAUCCCAAGGGGUGCUUCCUGCAGUCCACUUUGAAGGCACUGGAGACAGUACCCCAGUCCCUCUCCUGUCGGCUCACUCCUCGCGUCUGUCAUCACCAGUGGCUCCCUCCCCCUCAGCUCUCCAGUCUUCGGGGCCGAGCUCAGCAUCUGAGCUUCCCCCAUCGGGCUGUUUUUGCAGUGGCAAGCUAUGCCUGCCACCGCAUGUGGCCGUUGGGGGGGGGGGGGGCUCAACGGCUUUGUCAGGGUCUUCUGGCCCCGCGGCUCAUCGCUUUUAUAAUGAGAAUUCUCAACUUUUAUUUAAGCAAAAUAAUCAAAAUUUUUUACAACAUAAUUACAAAAACAAUUACAAAUUUCAGAUUACAGUGUUCAUUUUUAGAUGUUGCAAUUAGUUAGUGGAGACUCAUGCUAGUGAGGUAGUCACUUACGAUUCAGGUAUAUCAAGUUGAAAACGUUGACAAUGAAGAAAACUUUGUUCAUGAAGCCAAUGCUAUUGUAUGCCCAUCGCUGAAGCUACUCAAUGUGGCUAAUUCUGCUCAUGACCCCGACAAUAUAGCACACAAGAGCAGUACAGAUACCCAAUGUGUAGGAAGGAACUGCAGAUGCUGGUUACCCCGAAGAUAAGAAAAAAAAUGCUGGAGCAACUCAGCGGGCCAUCUUGGGAGCCUGCUGCCAGGAAGGAUGAGAACUCCAAAGUAGCAGAAUAAUUUUCACUGUAAAUACCCAUGAUAAUGUUAUGACUUGUGGAAGGAGAUGAAGCUGGGUCCCUAAUAGUGAUUUUAAGCCAUAAGCACCUCUUGAGCCCUGAAAUUCUAAUCUUGUGUGUGGAGUCUCAUUCCAUUGGAACCAAUGCAGACGAUUCCCAUAUUACUGGCGGUUAUGUUCCCAGAAAAUGAUCCGUAAUCACAAUUUUCCAUAAUGCAGAGCUGCAUUAUCUGUCCAUGCAUCAAGAAAAGCAAAUUGUAAAAUGAAUGACAUUUAUUUUCUUCCCCACAUAAACACAAGACCACAUUUUAUUCAAUAUCUGAAUUUUUUGGGUCUGGAUUUGUGAAUUAAAUAAAGGUGAAUUUCCAUAACAUAGAACAUAGAAAAGUACAGCACCAGCGCAGGUCCUUCAACCCACAAUAUCUGUGUCACGGAGUUGCUCGUACUUCAAAAUUCCAUUUUUAAUAAUGACAAGUUAAUUUCAUGUGUCGAAAGUUGUUUACAAUAUUUAAAUGUUUGUUUUUCUUGUCAUUAUUAUUAUUCACACUAAAAUGUUAGUUAAAAAUGUUUAGUACUUGGCUUGCUGUCUGAGAAAUCUUCAUAUCAAUGAGUACUCUGCUUGAUGCCAUCGGUCACGUUGGAUGCCUUAGAUCCUUGUGUUGGUGCCUGCUAGCAACGUUUGGAAAGAGCCCCAAAUACACAUAUCGUAGAGUAAUUGCAAAUAGUGAAAGGCCUGGAGAGAGUGGGAGAGGAUGUUUCCCCUAGUGUGAGAGUCUAGGACCAGAGGCAAAAGCCUAAAAAUAAAAGGACAUACCUUUAGAAAAGAGAUGAGGAGGAAUUCCUUUAGUCAGAGGGUGGUGAAUCUGUGGAAUUCAUUGCCACAGACAGCUGCAAGCAAAGUCAAUGAAUAUUUUUACAGCGGAGAUAGACAGAUUCUUUAUUAGUACAGGCGUCAAGGGUUAUGGGGAGAAGGUUAGAGAAUGAGGUUGAGAGGGAAAGAUUGAUCAGCCAUGAUUGAACAGCAGAAUAGACUUGAUGGGCCAAAUGGCCUAAUUCUGCUCCUAAAACCUAUGCAUUUUUAAUUGUGGGCAGUUUUUCUUUAAAGACGCUUACAUAUGCUGUUGUUACCAGCAAAAUCUGGGCCCUCGGGUUUGAGAUUUACAGUAAGGACAAAGCCUAAUGGAUGUCCCCCCCCCCCCCCUCCCCUUGGGAACAAAUGUUUACUGGGACCAUAAUCGUAAUUGUUUUUUGUACUGAUUUUCAGGAGAAGAGGGUGGGGAGGGGAAACCAUAAAUUGUUACCAAAGGUUGUGUGAUUUAAUCCCAUUCUCAUUAAGCCUCGUUUGCACUUUACAAUUAUAUUUUCAAUAUUUAUGUAAAAAUAGAACCUUCCAGCUAACCUUUGAUUUCUUAAGGCAUGAUGAUGGUCAGCAAUAGUGACACUUGAGAACACUCCCAAUGGAGGGCAAGAUUUCCAUUUGACCCUCUCAUUUCUCAUCACUACCUUACCUCUAUAGGCUGGGCAAGUAGAUUCAGGCAUCCACCAUACGCUUCCUUAUGCAUGGAGAACACUGCCCAUAUACCGACUCCCAUUAAUCUCAAUCACGGGGAACUGAGCAGCCCUGCAAGUUCCUCCUUUACAACAAGCUGCUCAAUAUUACUGCUGAGGAGGGAGGGAAGAAAGAGAAGGCUGGACAGUAAGAGGGGGGAUUGGCAAGGUUUGACUCAAAAUAAAUCCAGGGUUGUGUUUUUUAAAGCAUACUAAACAAAUUUUGUAAAUUAUCUUGGACCAAAUAUGUUAAUUACUAAAAAUCUAUGCAGUACUUGUACAGUAAUGUAAAAUGAUUUAUCAGGUCUGUGGAUUGCUGUUCAUAUCUUUGGAAUUGUUGCUUUGUUGCUAAAAGUAUCAUGUUUACAUGAACUGUGUUUGAAAUAUGUUUAAACUUUAGGGCUGGGAAUUCUUAAUUUAAUUUAGUUAAAGAUGUACCCACAUUAUACACUAUUGUUCAAACUGGCCACCAUCCUCACUUCCUAACCAAAGACUUCUCAAAUAUCUAGAUUAUAGAUUCCCGUCUUAUUAUGAACUUAGUUUAGAAAUUCCAUUGAAACAUGGGAAUGUACAACAGACCAUUCAGUUUAAGAUCUAUUUAAUUGGGUGCACUCCUUCUGUCCUCAUUACUCCACAAAAGUUUCCCUUUGACUUUCAAAGUCAAUUUGAUACAUACUUUAUCAAAUUAAAAUUAAAUACACCAGGCUGUAAAAACAAACUCAUGGCAGUUAAAAGUACCCACACUCUGUUCAUUUUACAUUUAUCUUAAAUCUAAGCAUUUACUGACUGUUUCUAUCAAAUAGAAAUGUUUCUCCCUAUGUUUGUAAUCAAAAGCGUUCACAAUCCAAACUUUGAAUAAUAAGGGAGCAUGGUUUCAGGUUACACAAAAAGCUUCUUUAAUAUUGAAAUCAUAAUUGGCAUUUAUCCUAGUUAUUGCACUCGACUCCAUAGCCAACUUUACUUGAACGUACUUGUUCACAUUUGGUCAACUAUACACACCUUAGCCGCUUUGGAAUAUAGAACAGUCUGUCCAAAAAUGUCUGUGCUGAAUAUGAUGUUCAGAAAGCCCAAUCUAAUUUGCCUGUAUAUGAUCCUUUAGACUUUAUCUUGAGUUAGGGCGGAAACGGGCCCUUCAGCCCACUAAGUUCACAGUGAUCAUCCUGUACAGUAGCACUACCCUACACAUGAGGGCCAAUUUACAAUUUUACCAAAGCCAAUUAACCACAAACCUCUACGUCUUUGGAAUGUGGGAGGAAACCGGAGAAAACACACGUGGUCACAGGGGGAAACGUACAAACUCCGUACAGGCAGCACCACAGUCAGGAUCGAACCCGGCACUCUGGAACUGCGCCACUGUGCUGUAUCCCUCCGUAUCCAUGCACCUAUCUAAAUGCUUCUUAAUUGUCACUCUCAUAUCUGCCUCCACCACCACCACCCCUGAAAGCAUAUUCUAGACACUCCCCACUUUUGGAAAAAAAACUAAAUACCAUGACUGUUGAUUGUUUCAAAGCGUUUCUACAGCACAACAGUUCGAGUAACCAAGUGUAUUGUAUUUAUACUUUAAUGUUCUCCCUGCAUUACCUCAAUUUAAUGAAAACCUCUUGGGACUCCCAGUAAUCCCUCAUUCCCAGUCCUCUGUAGUCAUGCACCCUGGGUCAGGAUGCAUUGGUCUGAGGCCACAGCACAAACUUUCUGUUCACUCAAUGUGACCCCACCCAGAGUACAUUCCCCAUGCAUAAUUGGCCAUCUGUUGACUGUGCUUUACUAUGUUCCUGUGUUCAUUUCCAGCUGGCUUCUGAACCUCAUGGCUACAUUAGAAAUGUCGUGAUUGAAAUGCUGCAGGAAUGUAUUUGUGCCUGAAAGACAGUAGAACCUCUAUACUCUGCUCCUCUGCCUCUCACACUAGGCUGCUUGUUUGUAGAAAUUGACAAAUUCCACCAACGAUGGUCAUAUGACAACUACUGCACGAAAUAGAAAAGGCCAGUCAUAAAAGCCUUGCAAUAUUGACUGAUAAGACAGAUUUAUGGUAUCUCAGCUUGAGGAGCUAAAAUAACUUAAAAUAUAACAAAACGUAUGAUUCAUCUCAUGUUUUUGAGUCGGCUAAUGUUUCACGCAGUACAUUUUCAUGAUUUAGAAGCUGAAUCCUUUCAGCAAACACACACAAGGCCAGAGACUAAGCUUUAAGGCAAUGGACAUGUUUUUUUUAAGACAACCCGUAACAUACUCAAGCAAACCCUCAUGAUGCAACGUUUGUCUACUGGUGCUUUUAAGCUUGGUACAUUAUUUAUGGAUCCAAAUAAAAUAGCCCAGCCCUACGAAAUUCCAAUGCAGAAGAAUUUGCUUGAGUUUUAAAGUUACAUUUUAUUUUUCUGUUCUGCAUAUUUCUCUUGUAUCACACGUCAAAAGAUAAAUAAUUGAUGUCACUUUAAAUCUGUACAGUGAUUGAAUUUGGACAAGCUACAGUUGUGCUUUUUGGCUUUUGUAAAUGCUAAACAGUGAACAGGUUUCACAAUAAAUGUAUAAACACUGUUCUCCACAUUGGAGUUGGCUUUCAA